AUGACAUCUCGUAUAUCUAACCGUUCGACUGUCUCUUCAAGUAUCAAUGUCAGUACAACUAAAGUGCAAAGCUCAAGAACUCCCAGUACAACAAAUACAAGCAGCAGUAGAGCAACUCGAAAUAUGGUCUCUAUAUCUGAUCCUAAUUCUGCUAGUUCUUUACGAAGUACAAGUAAAAUAGCUAGUAGCUCAACUGGGAGUAACAACUAUGUUUCGAAAAAUAAAAAACAAUCUAAAAAUACAACUUAUCAAGAUUCUCCUUCAGACUGCUGCCCUUGUAAAGGAGAAACUCUAGAUAGUGAAGCUGAAAUAGUAACGUUUCAUAGGCAGAUAUUUUCUAAUCGCAGUAGCGUGAGCCUUAGUGACUUUCAUACAGUUGCAGUUAUAGGUCAGGGUGGAUAUGCUAUUGUAAGACUAGUAUUUGAUAAAAUAACAGGUCAUAUUUAUGCGCUUAAGCAAGCUAAGAAAAGUAAGCUCAUAUCAAAUAAGAACCCAGAUGAGAAUAGUUUUUCAUGUGAUGCUAAUGUUAACUUGAAAAUAAAUAACAGUUAUUUAUCUUCUUUAGACAUCCCCUCUACAAUAAAUCCCUCUACAAUAAAUACAGGCCUUAUGCUCAACACUGAAAUUAGUCUAAUGUAUAGUUCUGAGAGUGAAUGGAUUACCAGAUUAUAUUAUUACUGGGAAGAUUCUCAUUUUUAUUACAUGUUGAUGGAAUAUAUGCCAGGCGGUGAUAUGAUGCGUCAUUUAAUGGAAUAUCACACUUUCGAUGAAAAUACAGCGAAAUUCUAUAUAGCUGAGGUUAUUUUAGCUCUUGAUUAUCUUCAUAAUAAUCAAGAGUAUAUUCAUAGGGAUAUUAAACCUGAUAAUAUAUUAUUAGAUGAAAAGGGGCAUAUAAAAUUAGUAGAUUUUGGACUCUCAAGAAACAUAAAAAAUGAAAAUAAACAGCAUCCUUUUGUAUCAAAUGUCGCGAAUGAAUUACAGACAUCGGAGAUUUGGGCAGUUCCGACUAACAUAAUUAAAACAGAUCCUAAGGUAUCCAACAAAAAGUCUUGCAAUUCCACAAUAGUUGUUCAUGAUCCAAAUUUCCAAGCUGGAACCCCAGAUUAUAUGGCUCCUGAGAUACAUAGGGGAGAACCAUAUAGUUUAAGUGCAGAUUUAUGGAGUGUCGGAAUAAUAAUAUAUGAAAUGCUUUUUGGUGGUCCUCCCUUAUCAGAUCCAGGUCAAAACUCGCUUAUCACACGAAAAAAGGUUAUGAAUUGGGACAAGUAUUUCUAUUUACCCUCAGAACAUCACAAAUAUUCUAAAGAUGCUCUAGAUCUUAUAUGUUCUUUAGUUUGUGAACCCCAAAAUAGACUUAAAAGUACUAGAGAGGUUAUGAAACAUCCCUUCUUUCGUGGUAUUAACUUUACGAAUGUCAGAUCUCAGAAAGCUCCAAUUAAACCAGUUAUCAAACAUUCUCUUGAUCAUUCUAAUUUCGACAAUUUCCCUUUAGACACUAUUAUUAAUUUUUACAAAUCCUCCCAAGUCCCAUAUACUUUGUCAAACGAUGCACUAGAUACAUUUACUAAUAACAUAACUAAUUAUUUUGGAAUUAAUUCUGGAAAUCUCGGAAUGUCCUCUUUUGAAGUGGUUCCCCCCUCUCCAGUCACAGUUUCAAAAUCUAAUGAUGCAAGCUGCCCCUCUCUAUGCAUGAAGAAUCACAACGUACCUUUAUUUGAUUCAUUUAAGUGCUACACUCCCAAAGUUAUGACAAUGAACUCUAAUGACUCAAUUUCCUCAAGAAGAAUUCAUACCCCAAAUACUAUUAAUAGGCCAAUAUCAGGAAAUAAUAUUGUACGCAACUCUUGGAUGGCCAGAGGUUGCAGCCCAGCACCGCAUUUGCAAUUACCUCUAAUCACUAAUUCAAACUAUCCUAUUAAUAAUCCAGUACCUACAAAAUUAAGUAUGAGAUAUCCUUCACCAAUUUCCCAAGUCCCUAUUAAGUACUCUGUUCAGCAAAUCAAUCCACACUUCUUGUCUAGCAGAUCUUUUUCCCCAAUGCCCCAAUCAAUUGGAAUUAUCCCAAAUAAUCUUCAAUCUCAAAAAGUAGCUUCUAUUAUAAAUCCAAGCAAUUCAGUUUCUACCAAAGUACUUUGCAAAGAUAAUAUACAGACUAAUAAAAGUACAAAUAAACUUACUUCAUCUAGAAAUACUACAGCCUCAAUAAAAACUGUUCUUAGUUCAGUUAAAACAUCAAACUCUCCCAAGAUAAAUAUUAAUAAUAGUAAUUUUACUGAUGAAAAAUUGAGAUACACCUCAAAUCUACUUAAUCAAACUAAUACUCAACGACCAUCUAUAAGCUCUUCUGUUGCUUGCAAAAAUCAAGCUAUACUUGAGACUCUUCGUAGUAAGACCGGUUCUACAAAGCCCUUCGUAAGUACUUUAAGACGGAACAUUGCCUUAGUCAACAAUGAACCAAGAUGA